AUGACUCAGAUCACCGGCGCCGACGGCAUCCUGGUCAACACGUUCGAGGCCCUGGAGCCGGCCGCGCUCGCCGCCCUGAGAGACGGCAAGGUCGUCCCCGGGUUCCCGCCGGUCUACGCCAUCGGCCCACUCAAGUCGCACACGUCUACGGUGGAUGACGACAAGCCGGAACCAAUGGGCUCCCCCGUCGCCUGGCUUGCCGAGCAGCCGGCGCGAUCUGUGGUGUACGUCGCGUUCGGCAACCGCAGCGCCGUGAGCCGCGACCAGCUCCGGGAGAUCGCCACUGGGCUGGAAGCGAGCGGCUGCCGGUUCCUCUGGGUGCUCAAGACCACGACGGUGGACAGGGAUGACGCCGCCGAGCUGGCGGACGUGCUCGGCGACGGGUUCCCGGCGCGCGUGCAGGGGCGCGGCCUGGUGACGAAGGCGUGGGUGGACCAGGAGGCUCUGCUGAGGCACCCGUCCGUGGGGCUGUACCUGAGCCACAGCGGAUGGAACUCGGUGACGGAGGCGGCGGCCGCCGGGGUGCCGCUGCUGGCGUGGCCGCGCGGCGGCGACCACCGCGUGAACGCCACGGUGGUGGUGAGCGGCGGCGUCGGGGUGUGGAUGGAGCACUGGAGCUGGGACGGGGAGGGGAGGCUGGUGAGCGGGGAGGAGAUCGGCCGGAAAGUGAAGGAGGUGAUGUCCGACGCGGCGGUGAGGGCGAGGGCCACCAGGACCGGCGAGGAGGCGGCCAGGGCCGUUGCUGAGGGCGGCACGAGCUACCGAAGCAUGCAGGAGUUUGUUCGCAAGCUCAAGGCAACCUAAGUACGCUGCUCUUUGAUUGGAAUAAUGCAGGUUCGAUCAGCUUGCAGCCACGGAGCGAAGGAAUCAUGCAUUUGUUUUUCUUUGGUCACCUCGUUUAGUGUUUUUAAGGUUUUUUCGAGAGUACUCCAAAUUGAACGCUGUACGAGGUAGGUCGUUCCAAAGAUUUAUAUCCAGCUCUUUUGUGA